AUGGUUCCUGUCGCACUGCCUACUCUGCCUCCAGCUGCCGAUCCGACACCAGAACCCACUCCUAAGAAGGCUGCCGAACAACCCAAGCCUGUUGCGCCCGAACCUCAGAAGCCCGCGCCAACACCCGAAAUGCCCCCAAACGACCCUACACCAAGUCCCUCCCAGGAUACGACACCUGUUCAACAAACCGGCACUCCGCGUCCCUGGAUAGACAUGGUGGACAAGGAUGGUCACUGUGCCGAGUGCGAUAAAGAAUUCCCGGACGGGAAGAUACGUUGCACGGAGUUCCCUCACGGAUAUGGCGCCUUGCCUAUCGCCCAUGAGGGACUGGGAGGCUGGUCCGGUAUCCAAGAUCCCCAGUAUUCCGGGGGGGAUGGUUUCGAUGACAUCACAACCGUUCCGAAAGGUUUAUGUUCGGACGGUACCUGCUGCACGUCUGGUAGCUUCUGUUCCUAUGGCUGCCCGAACCCUUACCUCAAGGCUUCGUUCCCCUCGAUUCAAGGUAGGACGGGCCAGAGUGUUGGUGGCCUGUACUGCAACGAAGAUGGAUUCCUGGAGAUGGCCGACGGCAAGAUUGCGAAUACCCUUUGCGUUCAGGGCUCAAAACACAUGGGCGUGAAAGUGCAGAACAAACUCUCAAAGUCUGUCUCUUUCUGCCGCACAGACUAUCCCGGUAUGGUAUACACCCACGCUCCCAAUGCACUUGCUCACAUGUGGCAGGUACCGAGUCCAUGA